AUGUUCAGUGUUAUAAGGCUUUGCUCAAGAAGAGCAUUUUUGUCACCCAUUAAUAAUAAUAGCAAUAGAUAUAGGUCUCUUUCCUUAUUGGCGAGAUGUUCAGGACGAUUUGGAAUACAGCAAAGAGCAAUUCACUCUAGCAUAUAUUUAAGCAAUAAGAAUGAGAAGCGUCCGCCGAAUAAUAAUCAUGAGGACGCUACAGAUGAGGAUCUCGAAAGGGUUAGAGAAGCUAUUAAGAAGUUCAUAAAAGAGAAAGCUCAAAAUAAUCUCGAUCCAGAAAGGAAAAGGCAGAUUGACGAGGAUAUAAGGAGAUUGGAAGAAACAAUAAGGAGGCAGCAGCAAAAAGGUGCACCUCCUCCACCACCACCGCCAAACGAAAAUGGUUCUGGUUCUUCCAAGAUUCCUCCACAACCACCUGUUUGGAAUGUCAAUAUCUUCCAAGUUGGGUUAGCAUUCUUUUUAUUGUCGUUCUUAUUGGAUGUAUUUAAUACGGCCGAGGAGCAGAAGGAAAUAACAUGGCAAGAAUUCCGCCAAAAAGUAUUAUCCAAGGGAUACGUUUCUAAAUUGGUAGUGAUAAACAAAUCAGUUGUGAAGGUAUAUUUGAAUGAGAACGGCCAAAAUUCCCCAGAAAAUUCAGGCCAUAAGUUUUAUUAUUUCACCAUUGGAUCAAUUGAUUCCUUUGAACAUAAACUACAGAAAGCACAAGAGGAAUUGGAUAUUCAAUCCGAUUUUAGAGUCCCUGUGGAAUAUAUUCAAGAGGGGAAUUGGACAAAGGCAAUGUUCCAAAUAUUACCCACUGCGUUAAUGAUAGGUGGUAUUAUUUGGCUUACAAGUAGAUCCGUGCAAUCCGCUUCAGGUGGUGCACGUGGUGGGAUCUUUGGAAUAAGUCGUUCAAAGGCAAAAAGAUUUAAUACUGAAACUGACGUGAAGAUUAAAUUUAAAGAUGUGGCUGGUUGUGAUGAAGCCAAGGAGGAAAUUAUGGAAUUUGUAAGUUUCUUAAAGGAACCAUCUCGUUAUGAAAAGAUGGGGGCAAAGAUUCCUAGGGGGGCAAUUCUUUCAGGUCCGCCAGGUACAGGUAAGACAUUGUUAGCAAAGGCCACUGCUGGUGAGGCUGGUGUUCCAUUCUAUUUUGUAUCAGGCUCUGAAUUUGUGGAGAUGUUUGUAGGUGUCGGUGCAGCAAGAGUUCGUGAUUUGUUUAAGACUGCAAGAGAAAAUGCACCAUCCAUUGUGUUUAUUGAUGAAAUUGAUGCUAUUGGUAAAGCAAGACAAAAAGGGAAUUUCUCUGGUGCUAACGAUGAAAGAGAGAAUACGUUAAAUCAAAUGCUUGUUGAAAUGGAUGGAUUCACCACAGAAGACCACGUUGUGGUUCUUGCUGGUACUAAUAGGCCUGAUAUUUUAGAUCAAGCAUUACUAAGACCUGGAAGAUUUGAUAGACAUAUCAAUUUGGAUAAACCGGAAUUAGAAGGCAGAAAGGCCAUCUUUGCGGUUCAUUUAGGAAAACUAAAAUUAUCAAGUAGCAUUUUUGACUUGAAAAAUAGAUUGGCUGCGUUGACUCCCGGUUUUGCUGGUGCAGACAUUGCUAACGUAUGUAAUGAAGCUGCUUUAAUCGCAGCCAGAAAUGAUCAAAAAUCUGUCAAAUUAGAACAUUUCGAGCAAGCUAUUGAAAGGGUCAUUGGUGGUGUAGAAAGAAAAUCUAAAUUACUUUCUCCCGAAGAGAAAAAAGUUGUUGCAUAUCAUGAAGCUGGACAUGCCAUCUGUGGCUGGUUUUUAAGAUUCGCUGAUCCAUUAUUGAAAGUAAGUAUUAUUCCACGUGGCCAAGGAGCCCUGGGGUAUGCUCAAUAUUUGCCAGGUGAUAUCUUCCUGUUAAGUGAACAGCAGUUAAGGGAUAGAAUGACCAUGUCUCUUGGGGGAAGAGUAUCAGAAGAGUUACAUUUUUCAUCAGUGACAAGUGGUGCAUCUGACGAUUUUAAGAAAGUUACAAACAUGGCAACUGCAAUGGUUACACAGUUGGGGAUGAGUGAGAAGAUUGGAUGGAUUAAUUUUCAAAAGAAAGACGAUUCUGACUUGACAAAACCAUUUUCUCAGGAAACAGGUGAUCUAAUCGAUUCAGAAGUGUACAGAAUUAUUCAGGAAUGUCACGAAAGAUGCACUGCUUUGUUGAAGGAGAAAGCUUCCGAACUGGAAAAAGUAGCUCAAUUUUUACUAAAGAAGGAAGUAUUGACAAGAGAAGAUAUGAUUAGUAUAUUAGGUAAACGUCCCUUCCCUGAAAGAAAUGAUGCGUUUGAUAAGUAUUUGAAUGGAAACGAGACCGAUAGAAUCAAGAAAUCAGAAAGGGAGACGGAUGAGAAGUCAUCAGAAGAAAAACCUUCUGAUUGA